UUUUUUUGUCCAAGAUGGCGGCGCCCAGGGAGUCGUGUUGAGGGAAAUGAAGGGCAGGCUGAGCGCCGGGACCCGAACCGGUCCCUCCAGCAUCCGCCUUACCUCAGGUUUCGGCCGGCACUGAAAUUGAAACGCCUCACCCGACCGUUGCUUUUGUUCUUUUCGCGGCGGUUGGGGGAGGGUGCCUCAAGGAACAUUUUUGCAGAACAUCCAAGAAAAAAAACAACCAUGCAACAGAUGCCAUGCAAGUUUGCAUGUUUCUUUAGAGUCAUCAAAGUAAAGGGAGUUACAUUUCAGCAGCUGAACUUCUUCAGGCGAAAGUAUGUAAUGCAGCAUAAGAAAACACUUUUCCAGCAAGCAAAGCUGAAGCCAGAAUCAACUGUACCACCUUGCUUGGAAGGACAGCGUUCAAGUGAAGAGACAAUGACUGUCCAUGAGGUGAAAUCAGUUUCACCUCUUCUGCCUCCCUUCUCAGAGAAACCAGUGAUGAAUGAAGAAACAUUGAAGCUUACAGCAGCCACUAUUGGUGCAAAAACUGUGGAAGGAUCAGCACCUAAAGAAGAAAAAGAUUGGAAAGAAAUGAAAUUAAAUUUGGAUACUUUGCCUGGCAUUUUGGCUCGUUUGACCAAAAUUAAACUUACAGUCCUGGUUGUAGGUACGGCUUCAGCUGGAUUUGCGCUUGCACCCGUGCCGUUUGACUUAAGCUGCUUCCUAUUGGUCUCCCUUGGAACAGGCCUCUCAUCGUGUGCAGCUAAUUCCAUCAAUCAGAACACUCGAAUGGAGGAAUGUUCAGGUUGCUUGCAGUCUCAUCCUAUAAUCCUGAGACUCUCAGCUGUAUUUCUUUUUUCUUUUAAAAAAACAGUUUUCAAUUUUAGUGAAAGUUCUGAGUAUUUAAUAGUGGGGAUCUGAAUACCAAGGAAACAA